CGCCGUUCUCACACAUCAGCAUCCAGGGUCUUUUGCUGCUGCUGCUGCUGCAUCGUCGCCGUCUGGCCGUCCACAACGCCAUAACUGAAGUUUGUUUUUGUAACAAUGGCAGAUACUACUGGAAAGGUAAUUACUUGCAAAGCAGCUGUGAGCUGGGAACCCAAAAAACCUCUGAGCAUUGAAACAGUUGAGGUUGCGCCUCCAAAAGCAGGCGAAGUUAGAAUCAAGCUUAACGCCACUGGUGUUUGUCAUACUGAUGCAUACACAUUAAGUGGACAAGACAGCGAAGGCCUCUUCCCUUGCAUCCUUGGACAUGAAGGUGGCGGAAUUGUAGAGAGUGUCGGCGAGGGUGUGACAAGUGUAGCACCGGGAGAUCAUGUGAUACCUCUGUAUAUCCCACAAUGCCGUGAUUGCAAGUUUUGUAAGAGCCCCAAAACCAAUCUCUGCAGUAAAAUCAGAUCCACCCAAGGAAAAGGAGUGAUGCCUGACGGCACAUCUCGUUUCACCUGUAACGGUAAAACUGUCUACCAUUUCAUGGGGUGCUCCACCUUCUGUGAAUACACCGUUGUUGCUGAGAUUUCUGUUGCUAAAGUCGAUGAGACAGCACCUCUUAAUAAGGUGUGUUUGCUUGGAUGUGGCAUAUCGACUGGCUAUGGUGCUGCUCUCAAUACUGCUAAGGUUGAAGAAGGGUCUAUCUGUGCAGUGUGGGGAAUUGGUGCUGUUGGGAUGGCAGUUAUCAUGGGAUGCAAGACUGCUAAAGCUUCCAAAAUCAUCGCAAUUGACAUUAAUCCCAAGAAGGAGAAGUUGGCUCGUGAAUUUGGGGCUACGGACUUUGUGAACCCAAAGAGUCUGGAUACAGGUACCGUUCCGCAUCUGAUUGCCAUGACGGACGGAGGUCCAGACUUUACUUUUGAAUGCAUUGGGAAUGUAAAGACCAUGAGAGAGGCAUUGGAGGCUUGCCAUAAAGGUUGGGGCGUGUCCACCAUCAUUGGAGUUGCUGGAGCGGGACAAGAGAUUGCCACAAGACCAUUCCAACUGGUCACAGGCCGUACAUGGAAGGGAACUGCUUUUGGGGGUUGGAAGAGUCGGGAUAGUGUUCCUAAGUUAGUAACCGACUACAUGGCUGGUACAGUCAAAGUUGAUGAAUUUGUAUCACACGAAAUGUCUCUGGAAAAGAUCAAUGAGGCCUUUGACCUUAUGCAUGCUGGUGAAAGUGUCCGUGCAAUCAUCAAUUUCUGAUGUCAAGAAAAGAGAAGACAUUUGGACCAAUGGAUAACCAUCAUUUUUUAAGAGCGCCGAUAUAUUAUUCAAAUAGCUUAUAUUAGGUAUUGAACAUUUUUUAAAAGCUCCGUCCUAAGGAAGAUGAUGAAGCAUACAAAAAGAAACUAAAAUAAAAGCCAAAAAGGUACAGAACUCUGUCUUUGAUUUAUUUACACCUCAUUAUAUAAUAUUAAUCCCUGUAAGUUAACAAUACUGGAUAUGCAUAUUAUUAGAAAAAAUAUUGUAUACUAUUGUUGUAUCUCCUUCACAAAUUAACAGACAAAUAUUUUCAUUCCAUAAACUGGAAAUGGUAGUGGGCUUUUAUAGUAAAUACGAGGUCUCUAUGAAAUUAUCAAAAUGCUCAUACGCGGUUACAUACUGAAAUAAAAGAUAGCGGAUACAAAA